UUCAGCUCAUUAAGAAUCCAUUUCACUAAUUUUUACGUGGGUUGAUAAAAUUUUGAAUUUCACUUUCGUUUUCAGUUUACCCAUUGAGAAUAGUUUUACCGGAAAAACAAACCAAGAAUUCUGAGAACAAAGAUUUGUUCCUCAUUUGCAUUUCUCUUCGGCUAUCAAAUUAACUUCAUCUGAAGCAAAUUUUGAUCAGAAAUAAGCGCGUGAAGAAAGGGGGGAGAACAAUGAUUUCAGGCUUAACUAAUGGAAGCUACUUUCGGCCACAAGUUGCAAAUGUGUAUAGAAGGCAGCAGUUUCAUGGUUUGAAUAGGGACAGUUCAUACAUUUGGAGAAACUGGCCCUGUCAAAAGAGAAAAAUUGCUUGUAGCAUUUCUGAGCUAGAGAAUGUAUCUUCAAGCCUUGAACACCAUAUAAAGGACAGGGUUCUUGUUAAAAUGUGCGGUAUUGCAUCGGCAAGAGAUGCCGCUUUGGCAGCAGAAUCUGGUGCUGAUUUUAUUGGGAUGAUUAUUUGGCCAAACUCAAAGCGUUCUGUUUCUCUCUCAGUUGCCAAGGAGAUAUCUAAAAUUGCAAGACAAAAUGGUGCACAGCCUGUUGGAGUGUUUGUUGAUGAUGAUGUCGAAACGAUAUCACGAGCAGCUAAAGAAUGUGAACUUGAAUUUGUGCAGCUUCACGGAGAUAGUUCGCGGGCAGCAUUGCCGCUUCUAGUCAACGAUCAUCGAAUUAUUUAUGUUCUUCAUGCAAAUGAAGAUGGAAGCCUUCUAAAUGACAUCUCAACUGAGGCCUGUUCUUUGGUCGAUUGGAUUCUUGUUGACAGUGCCAAGGGUGGCAGUGGGAAGGGAUUCAAUUGGGCCCAGUUUGAGGUACCAAUAAUUAGAAGCAAGCAAGGUUGGCUGUUGGCUGGAGGAAUCAAUCCAGAAAAUGUAUCUCAAGCCCUAUCCAUUCUUAAGCCUCAUGGAGUUGAUGUUAGCAGUGGAAUUUGUGGCUCAGAUGGGAUUCAGAAGGAUCUCACUCGAAUCAAGUCCUUUUUGACGGCUGUUCAUUCAGUAAGCUAUUGAUCAAGAAAGCUGAGUAUCUAAAAGUAUCCAAUUUUCUUAAUUAAUCUCAGAGAACAACUGAUUUAGUCCUAUAAACAAUCAUUUUGUAUAACCACAGGCUAUCUCUACUUUGUUUUCUUUCUUUCAUUUGAUGCAGCGAAUAAUUCCCUCUUGUUUGAGGAUCCAACAAUAUGAAAUCAGAAUCUAGUGCUUUUGUCUGCGUAAACGUAACUUAAGUGGUUAAA